GUUGUCACCGAGCAGACAUGUUCUACUGUACAGCAACUAAUACACCGGAAUAACUAAGACGCCUUUGUCCUUAUCUGUUUAGAAAUUAAACUGUUUUUUUUUUUACCUUUUCAUCAGUAUCAUGGCAAAGGGGUUUAAUAAGUAUUUAAGGACGAGUCUCGCUGCAGAUGUGUGUGAACGAGCAUGUCACUGAUCGUGUUCGUGUUGGUGGCGCGGCUCAGGGAUGGACUCCCCCUGUCCGCCUCCACCGACUUUCAGCACAGCAGAGAGCUGCAGGAGAGGAAGCAGCAGAUUCGCACCGUUUCCAAAUCCCUGAGCUCUCUUCCUGAGCGAGGCAUCAUCAUGGGGAAUGAGCUGCAUAUUUACUUCUUCACGUGUGAGGACGUGGCCUACCUGAGUGUGUGUAUGUGCAGUGUGUCCGCUGCUGUUGCCUUUAGCUUCCUAGAAGAUGUUCGCUGGCAGUUCAUGGCCAGCAUCGACAGCUCGUCCGUGGCCCAGGCGUGCCGGCCGUACCCGUUCCUGGAGUUCGAUGGCGUGAUCCAGAAGCUGCAGCAGCACUAUAACCAGACGGGAGCUCCUGCUCUUGGAGUCACUCUGAGCACAGUGCAGGAGGAGCUGAACAUCAGUCCUCCUCAAGUCCUCACCAUGAACGAGAUACAGCUCAGUAACGGAGUCGCGAACGGCCACGCCGACCAGACGGCCUCAUCAGGUCAGACUCAGAGGCUGGAGCCGGUGUCCGCUCCUGGAAUCCUCUCGCUCAUCCUCAACAUCAUGUGCGCUGCUCUCAACCUGAUCCGGGGCGUCCACCUCAUCGAGUACACCUUCCAGGACGAUUAUGAUGGAUUAUGGAACGUCGUGGCAUUUCUCGUGGCGUUCGUAUGCUGUAUUUGCCAGUGCCAGCUUUAUUUAUUCCACUCAUCCCAUAAGAAGAUCAAGUCUUUAACACUCCUUACCGUGAUCGUCCUCUGCAACGGCUUCCUGUUUGGUCUGAGGAACGUGUGGCAGCUGGCCUUCCACAUAUCCGUGGCCUUCCUCUCCACCCUCCUCAUCCUCAACCGUAAAUUACUGGACAGGAGCUCGGAUUGCGGAGUGUGAGCUUACACACAGACGUGCACCUGACACCGAGACGUCUGCUUGUGCUUCUGUAAACACACGAGGUAGGACACAUACAGGUAGCAGGGUGUAACACAUGUCUGUCUCGAGAUACAGACAGCAAGAUUUUUAACAGAAGACAAAAUUUUCAGGAGAGUCCUGGACAAAGAGUGGGACAGUUUAAAAAUUUUUUUUUAAUGUCUAUUUGAGUAUUUUACAGCGUAAUGCUGUUUCAUCGGUUGUAUUGUUUUGUGUUUCUUUACAAAUCAUAAUUUAGAAUGUAAUAAGGUCAAGAGGUUAAUAAAGGGACUUUAGGGACAAUCCUAAAGAAAUGAUAGGGUUUGUGUUAAAUAAUCAGAGUCAAAAAGACAAUUGUCCCCUGAUGUAUCAGGUAUUUAUCUACUUUUGCGUCAGGAGAUUUAAGUCCUGUUUUUUUUUUAUUCAUUUAUUCCAGUGAUGUCUUACAUAGGACCUACUUCACUAGCAUAUUUUUCAGAAAAAACCCCAACAUAAUUGCACUAAAUUAUUGUUUACAAACAAAUAUAAAAUGUAAUUUUUCUAGAUGUAAUAUUCAGCACUAUGCUUAUUUCGUCACUGGCAGUAUUAACCUGAACAUGAACCAGACUCCAAAAGCUCUACUGGUUGUACACUGAUAUGCACCAGUUGUUUUUCUUCAUAACGUUCUUCUUUCUAGUCAAGAAAAUAGGGUACAAUAGUAGUUCUAGUCUUAAGUUGUUUUUAGUAACGGUGGUGAUGUGAUGAAUACUGACAGAGGGUUAACUAGCGGUGUGUCCACAUAAAAGCCCCGAUUUCCCAGUUCUGUAAUUUUCGCUACUAAUCACUACAAAUUCACAAAUCAUAAUGAAAGGGGCUCAUUUUUUCUACAUGCUCAAAAAAUGCGGACAAAGCUUUGGCUUUUUAUGACUUGUAGGUCUGUCAUAUUUUUCUGUAGGUCCAUACAGACCUUGUAUAUACAUUGUUCUGUAGGCCUGUACAUAGACCUUAUAUGCAAGGUUUAUUUGCAGCCUUUCAUAUGGCUUUGACAAGGUAGGAGGUGCUACAAAUAAGAGGUCACAGAUUCGAUUAAUUUUAGCGCUGAUGCCUAAACGGAUAAUCAAUAUUAGAAACUGAUAUGCAUUUGCAGCAAUGAUGAAAAUCUUGGUUUCAAAAUUUACAGCACCAGUCAAACGUUUGGACUCAGCUUCUAAUUCCAAGUUCUUUAUGGUUAGUGAUUUAUUUUCCACAUUUUAGAAAAAAAAUAUGUGAGAUUUCAAAACUAAAUAACACAUAUGGCAUUAGGUAAUUAUGUAACAACAACAGUCAGUUGUUAUUUUAAGACACAAACUGUUCUGGAAUAUUUUUUGCACGAACAGUAUUGUGUCGAGCAAAACCCAUCAAGCACCAUGAUGAAACUGUCUCUCGUAAAGACCAGAUGCUGUCCUUCUGCAAAGGAGAAGUUCAUUUAGAGUUACCAGCCCCAGAAAUCACCAAUUAACAAACAGCACCCCAGAUUAGAGGCGUUAUGAAGCUUUACAGAUCAAAAUGAGCAGAUACAUCUCAAUAUCAACUGUUCAAUAUACAGUAGAAUAAGAAUCUAGAAAUACCAUGGAAUUAGAAGGCGUGUCCAAACUUUUGACUUGUGGUCUAAAGCUAAAACGUGAGGGAGCUUCUAGCAGCAUUUCUUAAAAAGUAAACUGAAUUUGUAUUUAGAAAUAAAUAGUUAAAAUUAAAAUUAAAAUUAAACUAGUAAAAUCUAACCAGAACUUAUUAGAACUUUUAAAUUGCAGAGUUUUCAGGGAAGACAUGCUCACACUGAACAAAAAUUACAGAUAUUGUUAAAAAAUUAAUGAUACUGUAAACAAAGACUGAUACCGAUAAUCGUAAACAUGCGAAAUAUCAUCCGUUAAACGAGAGUCUCAUGACGGAAAGAGUUGAAGCUAAAUACUGAUCACAUCACUGACAGCCUUAAUAAGACAAAACGUUCUUUGUUAAUUGUCCGACUUUUUUUACACAGUUUAUUGUUGUAGCAUAGACCAAGCUGACAAACUUGACUAGCUAAUAAGACUAGCUAGCUAAUUACAUACACACACUGUCAAGUCCACCAGGUCAAACACUUUUCAGUCACACUUCAUUUUAAUCGAAGUCUACAUUUCACGCGUAUGAAGAACCAUUCGACCCAGCUUCGGAAACAGUUUUUAUUACCAUGUGUUGUGGUAACAGCUAGCAGCUAAUGCUACAUGCUUUAAUAUUUCACAAAGCAUGCAUUUGUGUACAGUUUGUAGAAUUGGAUAGCAAUGUCUCAUGAUGUAGUUAAAACAGAUUGAACACCUUGUUCAUGUUCUAUGGCAGGCUCAGUAAACCUUAAAACAUUCAAGGGCUUCAUUUAUAAUUUUUUUUUUUUUUUAGCAUAAUGCUACAAAUCCUGAUUGUGGUCUUAUUUCGAGGUUGAGCUCAUGAACAGACUAAUGCCUGAAGAGUUUUUACAAAGGCACAUACGCGCAUGCUUGAAGUUUGUAAUUCUUGAACUACUGUGUAUGUCAGAAUAAAACAUAUUUUUAUAUUUUUACGUUUGUAAUAUUUAGAGAUGACGUGUAUAGCAUAGAAAGUUAAGCUGUACUAAUAUAUUUUAAGAAAAUGCUUGUUGUAAACUUUUUGAUUUUAGUUAUUGUCCCCUAUUUGUAGACUGUAGAAAAUGUCCUGCUAAAUUUUUACAUGAUGUACAAAGUCGGUUAUUUAUUAUUUCUUUUUUUUUUUUUUUAAUUAAUGUACAUUACAAAUGAAGGUUUAUUUCAAACAGAGCUAGAGAUUUACAGUAUGUGUCUGUUUUGGGGGAAAGGAAAUAAAAAUAUAUAUAUAAGCAGUAGUAUGGCAGAGGUAGUUCAAGGAUUUUGCAGGAGGUAACACGUACAGGGUAACUACACAUCUAAUCCAUAUAAGACAGGAGAGGAGGGCAGUCUAUGACCGUAACCACAACAUACUGCUCUGUCUUUAUGGGUUGUGUUUCCACUGCUGGUCAAAAGCCACAGCUGGACCUUUAAAAGCAAACCGCUCUGAAGAUGGAUAACUGGGUAGGGGUGUUUUUUUUAAUGAGGAUUCUUAGCUGGUUUGAGAUAGAGAAACUGUAUUGUAGUGUUCUAUACUGUACACAACUCUCAGGGAUGACUUCCCCUUUCUCUCUCUCUCUCUCUUUCUCUCAUUUUAGGGCCACCAUUAAAAAUUUGAGGUCUGACUUUUUUUUUUAUCUUGGAAUUCAGACUUUUUUUCCUCAAAAUUCUGAUUUUAGAAUCUAAUCUGAUCUUAGAAUUCAAACUUUACACGGAAGUCAGAGUUUUAAGAAAAAAGCCAGAAUUUUAUGGAAAAAAAAGUCAGAAUUCUCAGAUUAAAGACAGAAUUCUGAGAAAAAGUCAUAAAUCGCAGUGUAAAGUCUGAAUUCUCAGAGGAACAAAGCCAGAAUCCUUUGAGUAAAGUCAGAAAUCUGAGUCUCAUGGCAGAAUUCUAAGAAAAGGUCAUUUUUUUUAUUGGUUGCUUUAAUCCUCUUUUGUAUAUGUAAGUUCAUGUCAUGGACAUCCAACCUUAAAAACAUUUUAUUCUUUUUUUUUUGCUUUUUUAAUUUUGCUUAAGUGCCCAGCAGCGGCUUUUUGGGAAUCUCAUUUAGGAAUUAAUUCUGAUUUCUACUUAUAACCCAAUGAACAGCUAUGGAUCCAGUGAAUUGUCCUGGUAAACCACUAGGUUACUGCUAGGAAAUCUACCAAAAAAACACCACAGGUUUGUCCAGCAAUAUUGGGAAUCGUGUACACAGUGCUCGGUUUUCAAGUUUUUCGUGUGUAGAAGUUUUAGGCAUGUGAUCUACAGUGCUUUAAAAAAGAUCCUAAGCAAUAUGCCACUUAUUUCGGAGGCAAAAAUACAUCUGUAACACUGACUUUUAAUCGGAAAAGUAUGACUAGUAUGACAAUAAUGAAAUAAAUAAGUCAUAAAAUGAACAUCUAAGACAAAAUUAAUAUUUAAAACUGGGUAUACAUGAUACUGUACGGUACUGGAUAAUCUUUUAUUAAUAAAUAAAAAGUAAUAAUUCUGCUAUGAAACAUGAAGGUUUGCGCCACUCCUUUCUCAUUAUACAGCUUGUACAUAUGGCCAUGAGUAUGUGGCGCUGGGCUUUUUUUUUUUUAUUAUUGAAAUGUUGGUCUUAAACUUGUCAAUGUAUGAUACUGACCAAAUGAAUGAAGGUUUGUUAAAGCUGCCAUAACUGUAGUGGAAUAUUUUGCCAUUAGCUACAAACAGUCUUUACAUAAGAAAAAAUUGUUUAAAUGAAUAAUUUUAUCAUGAUUUCUAAAUAAAGUGUAU